AUGACAGUUUCAUCCCCAAAGCAACAGCAAACGGCUGCUGAAUAUGCUCCGGAAAAGGUGAAGAAAGCGGGAAAGAAAUUGGAAGACAAUCCGUAUGACCUUGAUGCAUGGAGCAUUCUCAUUCGCGAGGCACAGAAUCAGCCUAUAGACAAAGCACGGAAGACAUAUGAGCGACUUGUUGCCCAGUUCCCGAGCUCUGGCAGAUUCUGGAAACUUUACAUUGAAGCAGAGGUAAAAGCUAAAAAUGAUGACAAAGUUGAAAAGCUGUUCCAGAGGUGCCUCAUGAAAGUCUUGCACAUAGAUCUGUGGAAAUGCUAUGUGUCCUAUGUGCGGGAAACCAAAGGGAAACUGCCAAGCUACAAGGAGAAAAUGGCACAGGCAUAUGACUUUGCGCUUGAUAAAAUUGGCAUGGAAAUCAUGUCCUAUCAGAUAUGGGUCGACUACAUCAAUUUCCUGAAAGGAGUAGAAGCUGUGGGAUCUUAUGCUGAGAACCAAAGAAUUACGGCCGUCCGCAGAGUUUACCAGCAAGGCUGUGUCAACCCCAUGAUUAACAUCGAACAGCUUUGGAGGGAUUACAACAAGUAUGAAGAGGGUAUCAACAUCCAUUUGGCAAAGAAAAUGAUUGAAGACAGAAGUAGAGAUUACAUGAAUGCAAGAAGAGUUGCAAAGGAAUAUGAAACAGUGAUGAAAGGUCUGGAUCGCAAUGCUCCUUCCGUGCCUCCUCAAAACACACCCCAGGAAGCACAGCAGGUGGAAAUGUGGAAAAAAUAUAUACAGUGGGAGAAGAGUAACCCUCUGCGAACAGAGGACCAGACCCUAAUAACAAAAAGAGUUAUGUUUGCAUAUGACCAGUGUUUGUUGGUACUGGGACAUCAUCCGGACAUCUGGUAUGAAGCCGGACAAUACCUUGAACAAUCUAGCAAGCUGCUUGCUGAAAAAGGGGACAUGAACAACGCUAAACUGUUCAGCGACGAAGCUGCCAAUAUCUAUGAGCGGGCAAUCAGUACACUUCUAAAGAAAAACAUGUUGCUGUAUUUUGCCUACGCAGACUACGAAGAGAGCCGAAUGAAGUAUGAAAAAACACACAGCAUAUACAACAGAUUACUCGCCAUAGAAGAUAUAGAUCCCACCUUGGUCUAUAUUCAGUACAUGAAGUUUGCUAGGAGAGCUGAGGGCAAAUCUGGGAGAAUGAUUUUCAAGAAAGCCAGGGAAGAUCCCAGGACCCGUCAUCACGUUUACGUCACUGCAGCCUUAAUGGAGUAUUACUGUAGCAAGGAUACAUCGGUGGCCUUCAAGAUUUUUGAGUUAGGACUAAAGAAAUAUGGAGACAUCCCUGAAUAUGUCCUUGCCUACAUAGAUUAUUUGUCUCACCUUAAUGGUAAGUUACGUGAAUACAUUUUAUUUAUUGUAAAAGUGUAAUGGUUUGUUCGCUUA